GUUGUACCAAAAUGAUGUUUGUGCCAACUGAUCCGCUAUCACUACUGGUGUUGUUGAUGAUAAUGUUGUUAGUAUGGAUAACCACCCAACACUACCUGGCACCUUGCAAGAACUUCCCACCCGGACCUUGGGGCUUACCUAUCAUUGGCAGCUUUAUGUACUUCGGAUCAGAUAUACACAAAGACAUGAUGAAACUCUCAAAGACAUAUGGUGAUGUUUACAGUGUAAAGAUGGGGUCCCGCAUAUCCGUUGUUGUAAAUGGAGUGAAUGCCAUAAAAGAAUGUCUGGUAAAAAAGGGAAACGAUUUUGCUGAUAGACCAUAUUCUUGGAUAGUUGAACAAUAUAAUCCAAGAUAUGAAGGUAUUGCUGAUGGACGCUUCAAUGAAAAAUGGCAACGUCGCCGACAAUUUGCCCACACAACGCUUAGAGGCUUUGGAUUUGGUAAAACAAGCAUGGAGAGUAAAAUAUGUGAGGAAAUCUCUUUCUUGUUGGAUGAAUUUAGGGAUCUUCAAGAUAAACCUAUCGACACAGGCGCUAUCCUUAACAGAAGUGUUUCCAACGUAAUUUGUUCGAUAACGUUUGGCAAACGAUUCAACUAUUCGGACCCAAAAUUCAAUUUCAUUAUCGACACUAUGGGCAAAUGGUUUGAGGUCAUGGGCACUAUGUACGAACUUGAUUUUCUACCGUUUCGAAGACCAUUUAAUCGAUCAAAUAUACAUAACUACAAUACACUUGGUGCUGAUCUGAAGAAAUUCUGCAAGCAGCAGAUUGAUGAACACCGUGAAGUAUUCGACCCAGACAACAUCGGUGAUUUCAUCGAUGCAUACUUAGCUGAGACAAUGAAACAAGACGGCAAUAAAGAUCUUACAGACGACCAGUUAAAACACACAUUAGUCGACCUUUUUUCUGCCGGAACUGAAACAACAGCGACUACACUUAAAUGGGGGUUACUAUUAAUGGUUCUUCAUCCAGAAAUACAGGACAAAGUGUUUAAUGAAAUUGAUCAGGUUGUUGGAGAAAACCGUCUCCCGAGACUUGACGAUCGUAAAAACUUGCCUUAUACAGAAGCCACGCUUUUGGAAAUACAGCGAUUUGGUAGUAUUGCACCAUUCUCACUACCACAUUGUGCGUUGAAAGACACUUCGCUUGAUGGAUAUAAUAUUCCUAAGGGGACGGAAAUAAUUAUUUCACUGUGGUCAAUUCACAGAGAGACAACUAUUUGGCCAGAUCCAGACAAAUUUGACCCUAUGAGGUUUUAUGAUGAAAAGAACAAUGCACUCAAGAAGUCUGAGCACUUCAUGCCAUUUUCUGCAGGUCGACGUGUAUGUAUGGGUGAACAGUUGGCAAAACAUGAAUUGUUUCUAUACUUCUCAGCCAUGAUAAACCAAUUCAAGUUCAGCUUACCGGUCGGAGCCAAGAAACCUAGCACUGAUGGUGUUUUAGGGCUAACAUUGGUUCCUGAACCAUAUCAAGUUGUGAUCAGAGAGAGAAGCGCUUGA